AAGGGACUUUUUACAAGGAUCCAAGACCGACAUACGUAAGCAUAAAAUUCGGGUAUUUGAAAAAAAUAUCAAAAGCAAAUCGCAAAAAGAUGAAAAUCCAUAAUAUCUCAUGAAUCCGAAUUCCACCAAUGAGAUUAUUUUCCCAUUUUUCUUAUUUGUUCUGUUUACGUACAACAAUAUUUCUUGCAUUAUAGACCUUUUGUUUCUCCAAAAAGUCGAUUAAUUUACGGUGCACCGUCCAGUGCCGUCUCCCAAGUCCCACCGUCACCGAAGUAAUUAUCGACGAUAUCUCGAAAACUACCCCACAUGACCAUAAUGUACUGAGUUUUGAUAUAUAAAUUAAGAAUUUGGUAAAUUAACACAUACAUUUCUCCGAGUACCAGCUGAUCGUGUGUCUGCUUCAUUUACUGAAUUCUUGGGACCUAAUAUCUUGAUCAUUAUUUCGGAGGAUUGUUUGAGUGCAUAGCUUUUGUUAGUUAAUCAAUGGCAAGUUCGUUGUUGCUAUCUGGUCAAGCCUUGCACGCUCGUCGACCGUUAAGUGGAUGUUCUUUUCCUUGUGCCGCACAAAGUUUAGUGUCGGCUUCAUGUCACCGGACACAGUUGAGGCAAAGAACCAUAGAUGAAGUUUACUUGAACAAUGCGCCAUUUUCUCGCCAAUUAGUGCAUAGGUUCAAACCAGUUUUGUCUUCUAGCUCAGAAGAUGCUCAUCUGACCAGUGAGGAACCAGAGAAACUGAAAAGUGAUAAGACCUUCGAGCAAUGGGAUUCAAUGACAGCAAAGUUUGCUGGGGCAGCAAAUCUACCGUUUCUGUUAUUACAGCUUCCUCAAAUUAUACUCAAUGCACAGAACCUUAUCUCAGGGAACAGAUCUGCACUUUUCGCUGUCCCUUGGCUGGGUAUGCUUACAGGAUUGCUCGGUAAUCUUUCUCUAGUCUCAUACUUCAUACAAAAGAAGGAAACCGAGGCUGUGAUCGUGCAAACAUUGGGAGUCAUAUCCACAUAUAUAGUGAUGUUGCAGCUGGCCAUGGGGGAAGCUAUGCCCCUACCUCAAUUUAUUGUCGUAUCAACAGUGGUGGCAACCGGUCUCGUUUUGAAUUUUAUGAAAUAUUUUGAUUUUCUUAACUCGGGGAUGUGGCGCUUUUGGGAAGACUUUGUUACUGUGGCAGGGCUAUCCACACUUCCUCAGGUCAUGUGGUCGACUUUCAUCCCUUAUCUCCCAAAUACUGCCUUGCCUGGGAUUAUCAUCUUCAUUUGUGCAGUUCUUGCUGUUAUAAUGGCUCGCAUGGGAAAGCUACCUGAUAAAGGCGCCAAGUUUCUUGAAUCAGCAUCUGGAUGGACGGCUACUCUUCUUUUCAUGUGGAUGGCUGUUGCACAAAUGUGGACCAAUCUUCUGAAUCCUGAAAACAUUAAAGGUUUGUCAGCUAUCUCAAUGUUGCUGGCUAUGUUAGGCAACGGGCUUCUGAUUCCACGUGCUCUAUUUAUUCGUGAUCUUAUGUGGUUUAUGGGUACAAGCUGGGGAUCUGUCAUUUACGGAUGGGGAAACCUGAUAUGCUUGUACUGGGUUGACGUUUUGGAGAGAUUCACAAGCCCAUGGCCUCGGGUCACCGUUUGCUUCUUUCAAGGAGUUGGUUUUUGGGCACUGAUUAUUGUCAUCUCCAUCCUCUUUUUUCUGUUCCAUUAAGAUGAUUUUUAGGAUGGUGCAAUACAGCUGCAAGUAGUUUGAAGAAACUCGACACUUUUUUUUCUUUUUUAACUCCAGUUCAUGAAGAUGCAGUGGGGCCACCAGAGCAUAAACUACUAAACGAGUCGUGUGAAAACCAUACUUCUAUUGAAGGCAAAUGAGGCAAAUGUUUAUAAUGGGCAUCGUCUGUAGUUUAGUAGGAUAAUGUGAUGGAAGUGUUGUGUUACAUUGUCAAGACAAUAUUAAUAAGUGUUGGGGUGGCAAGUUUCACCAAAAAGACCAACAAAAUAGAACCUUACAGAUGGCGAAAAAACCGAACCAACCAAACUAUUUACAUUCGCCGAAAACCAGUUAAGUUGUUACUAUUUCGACAUAAAUGUUAACUAUGCAUUUACUGGGCUAAAAACACUUGAGUUUAGGUUUAUGAUUUCACUCCAUACUCAAGCUUUUGCAAGCACCAUCGCCAUCUUUUUCUGCUAAUCUACACUAUGUUGCUGCUCUUUUUGUAGGUUUCCCUUUUUUCUUCUUUUGUUUGUUUUCCUUUUUCCCCCUUUUUUUUUGGUUGGCCUUUUUAUCUAUUUUUCUGCUGG